CUUAGCCGGCGCGGCGCGGCGUGGCGCGGCGCGGCGGUGCGUGGGGCCGGGCACCGCGGGCACCUCGGAGCCAUGGCCCCGCCGCUCGCCCUGCUCCUGCUGCUGCUGGUCCACGGCACCACGGCCGGGCUGGAGGGGAAGCUCACCCAUGUCAAGAAGUACGAGAUGGUGAUGCCGCGCGAGGUGUCGGCGCCGCGGGGGAAGCGGGACCUCGCCGCGCCACCGAGAAUCUACCCGGACCGCGUCCUCUACAGCAUCCGUGCCGAAGGCAGGGACUACCUCCUGCAGCUGGAGAAGAAUAAGGAGCUGCUGGGGCAGCACUACACCGAGACGCACUACUUGGCCAAUGGCACGGAGGUCACUGAGAAGCCAGAUGUUCGGGAUCACUGCUUUUAUCAGGGCCAUGUGCGAGGAUACGCUGACUCAGCAGCGAGCAUCAGCACCUGCGGUGGGCUCAGUGGGUUUUUCCGGGUGAAUGAGACCACCUUCCUGCUGGAGCCCCUUGAGGAGGAUGCAGCCAGCUGGCACGCAGUGUACAGAGCAGCUCACCUGCGGGGGAAGCGUGGCACGUGCCGAGAGCCCGGUGCCACCCUGGAAUAUGACCACGAACCGAAAAUCCCUGCAGCCAUGAAGCUCUACCGCUGGAAAACAGCUCCGUUACACAAAGGUCCCCGGUACGUGGAGCUGGUCCUGGUCGUGGACAACGAGGAGUUCAGGAAACACAAGGACUUGCGCACAGUGCAGAACCGCAUGAAGGAAAUCGUGAACCAUGUCGACAAGCUUUAUCAGCCUCUUCGCCUACGGGUGGCCUUGAUCGGCUUGGAGGUGUGGAGCCACAAGGACAAAAUCGUGGUCAGUCCCAACCCGGAGGUGACACUGGACAACUUCCUCCACUGGCGGGAGGCAGAGCUGCUGCGGAGGAAGCCGCAUGACAACGCUCAGCUGAUCACGGGCAUAGACUUCCACGGCACGACCGUCGGGCUCGCCAAGAAGCUUGUGAUGUGCACGAAGGACUCGGGUGGUGUCAACCAGGACCACAGCACGAAUCCCAUCGGCGCUGCGUCCACCAUGGCUCACGAGAUGGGGCACAACCUGGGGAUGUCUCAUGACGAAGACGUUGCUGGCUGCCGCUGCCCUGUCUCCAAAGCUGAUGGAGGAUGUGUCAUGGCGGCGAGUGUUGGCUUGGUUUACCCCAAGCUCUUCAGCCGCUGCAGCGAGCAGGACAUGUGGCAGUUCCUUGGGGACCCCAGGACCAGCUGCCUGCUGAACGUCCCCAGGGCGGAUGAGCUGUACGGGGGGCCUGUGUGCGGGAAUCAGUUUGUGGAGCGGGGAGAGCAGUGUGACUGCGGCAUGCCGGAGGAGUGCUCCGACCGCUGCUGCAAUGCCACCACUUGCCAGCUGAGAGAGGGAGCCGAGUGCGCCCGGGGGGACUGCUGCCAGGACUGCAAGGUGAAGGCUGCGGGUACGCUCUGCCGGGCCAACAAGAACGACUGCGACCUGCCCGAGCACUGCACCGGCCUCAGCGCCGAGUGCCCGGAGGACGUCUUCCAGGAGAAUGGCAUCCCCUGCCAGAACGGCAACGGCUACUGCUACAACGGCGCCUGCCCCUCACACAGCGAGCAGUGCCGCGCGCUCUGGGGCGCAGAAGCCCAGGUGGCUCCUGAUGUCUGCUUCAAGCACAACAGCGAGCAACACCUUCACCUCCACUGCCUCACCGAGUACGGGAAGCGGCCCUGCAGCCCCAAGGACGUGAAGUGCGGCACACUGCUGUGCCUGAGCGACAACGCCAGUCCUGUCCUCGGCGGCGGCUCCUACUCGCUCUUCUUCGGCCGCUUCAAGUGCAAGGCGGUCAUUGCCGGCAACGACGCCAACGAGGUGGUGGCCAAGCUCCGGCUGGUGCCCACCGGUGCCAAGUGCGGCGAGGAGAUGGUCUGCUAUGCCGGGCGAUGCCAGAACCUCCUGGUCUACGGCAACAAGAACUGCUCGGCCAAGUGCAACAACCAUGGGGUGUGCAACCACAAGCGGGAGUGUCACUGCGAUCCGGGCUGGGCAGCGCCCUAUUGUGAGCAGAAGAUUUCAGGGAUGGUGGCAGGGAGCAGCGGCGUGGUCUUGGUGGCUGUGCUGGCCGUGCUGGUGCUCUCCAGCAUCCUGCUCGGCAGUGGCGUUGUGCUCCUCAGAGGCAAGGGGAUGAGGCGCUUCCAGAAAGGGAGGACCCCCGGCAGGCCUGCUGCCGGCCUUGCCAACCCUCUCUUCCAGGAGGGGGGCCGGAUGCGACCCCCCCGCCGCCAGCUGUCCCGCCAUGACAUUGGCCACCCCAGCUUGCUGAGUAGCACAGCGGCCCCCCGGGAUGCUCGGCCCCCCGGGCCCCGCCGCCCGGCCCCGCAGCCACUGGCACCGGCCCUGCAGGUGACAUCCCCAGCCUCUCCAGGACGGACCCCGCAGGUAACCACCCCUCCAAAAGCCACGGCUGCAGCCUGUCCAGUGUCCCCUGGCCUGACCACCCACAGCAUCCAGGCGACUGAUGACUGGAGGAGGAGGGGGGGGGGGCGGAACGGGGACACCCCCCCCCCCCUUCCUCUGCUGCCUGUCCCCCUCCGUGUCCCUCCUUGGUGCCCAGGCGAGGGACUUCUUGGGUCUCUCCUCUCCUCCUUCCAGGCGAAGCCGAAGCCGCCCAGCAAGCCUCUCCCGGCACUGAAGAGCAAGGUGCCGCGCCGUGCCGAGGGGCCGCCAGCCCUCCCUCGCUCCCCACCGACACCUCCCUCAGCCUUUCAGAGGGGUGUCCCCUUGAAGGUGGCCCCCAAGCCGCCCCCGGCCAGGAGGUGACCAAGGAUGCUCCAUCCACCACUGCGGCUGAGGAGUUGCUGGCUCUGGUGCUUGAGCGGCACAGCCGGGAGAGCCGCAGUCUUGCUUCCACCCUUACUUGAAUCGCUCACCGGACCCUCCCCCGGGGUGGGGGGCACCUGUGUUUACAGAUAUUUUGAGUUGUGCCUUAACAGACUUCGCAGCCUCGUGGCCGGCGCAGGGAGAGCCGUCAGCUGGGGGCUUUGUGAGGGGACCAGGAGCGGGGAUGAUGCCGAGCUCUGGUUUUGAGGCCGGCCCGGAGUUGGGCCAGGCUCUCCUGUGCCCUGGGAGCUGCUGCCUUCUCUCCCGACAACCUGAAUGUGUCCUGCUCCUCCCGCCCCUUCCCCGGGCUCGAUGGAGCAGGAGAAGUGCUGCAGCGCAGGGACCGUGCCCCAGAGCCACCACCCCGGCUGGGGACAGUCACACGGAGGGGGGGAGGGGGGGGUGUCUCGCCAGGGGCUUUGGCAGGUCCAAGCCAGGCUUGGCUCCCCCGUGGGGCUUCUUUUAUCUCUGAAGUUACCACUUGAGUUACUGUUCUCCUGAAAGGGAAUUUCCUGGGAACCUUUUUACUGCAGCCAUUAACUUAUGACCCCUACGUGACCAUUUUGAGCCACCUGUUGUGAAACCAGCCCUCCCCGUUUUUUGAUAUAAUUCAGGUUGAAGGCUUUUAUACCAAUAAAGACUGGAGGUAGUGGUGUGA